AAUGCCACCAACUCCACAAAAAGUCCAUUUCUCAUUUCUCAUCCUUCUUUCACUCUGUCGAAAAACAAGAAUUAAGUAUACCAAUAUAAUCUUUCUAGAUUUCAAUCAUGGGUACAGAAGUAACCGUACAUAAAAAUACUUUGAGGGUACUGAUGUUUCCGUGGUUGGCUUAUGGACACAUCUCUCCAUUUCUAAAUGUAGCCAAGAAACUUGUGGACAGAGGAUUCUUGAUUUACCUCUGUUCUACGGCCAUCAAUCUCAAAUCCACCAUCAAGAAAAUCCCUGAAAAAUACUCUGAUUCGAUUCAACUUGUCGAACUUCAUUUACCUGAAUGGCCUGAACUUCCUCCUCAUUACCAUACGACCAAUGGUCUCCCACCCCAUCUCAAUCACACACUUCAAAAGGCCCUGAAAAUGUCCAAACCCAACUUCACGAAAAUCUUGCAAAAUUUGAAACCUGAUUUGGUAAUUUAUGACUUAUUGCAGCAAUGGGCUGAAGGCGUGGCGAAUGAACAAAAUAUUCCAGCAGUCAAGCUCUUAACUUCGGGUGCAGCUGUAUUGUCAUAUUUUUUUAACUUAGUAAAAAAACCAGGGGUUGAAUUCCCUUUCCCUGCUAUUUAUCUCAGGAAAAAUGAGCUAGAAAAAAUGAGUGAAUUGUUGGCCCAAUCUGCUAAAGAUAAAGAACCUGAUGAUGUAGAUCCUUUUGCUGAUGGAAAUAUGCAAAUCAUGUUGAUGAGUACCUCUAGAAUUAUAGAAGCCAAAUACAUAGAUUAUUUCAGUGAAUUGAGCAAUUGGAAAGUAGUUCCAGUUGGUCCACCUGUCCAAGAUCCAAUCGCUGAUGACGCGGAUGAAAUGGAGCUCAUUGAUUGGCUAGGAAAAAAAGAUGAGAAUUCAACUGUUUUUGUCUCAUUUGGAAGUGAGUAUUUCUUGUCAAAAGAAGAUAGGGAGGAAAUAGCUUUUGGGUUAGAGCUUAGUAAUGUUAAUUUCAUAUGGGUUGCCAGAUUUCCAAAGGGGGAAGAACAAAAUCUCGAAGAUGCUCUACCAAAAGGUUUUCUUGAAAGAAUUGAAGAUAGGGGAAGAGUUUUGGACAAAUUUGCACCACAGCCAAGGAUUCUAAAUCAUCCAAGUACGGGAGGAUUUAUAAGUCAUUGUGGUUGGAAUUCAGUAAUGGAAAGUGUAGAUUUUGGGGUUCCAAUAAUAGCUAUGCCUAUACAUCUUGAUCAGCCAAUAAAUGCUAGGUUGAUAGUAGAAUUGGGAGUUGCAGUGGAGAUUGUUAGAGAUGAUUAUGGCAAGAUUCAUAGAGAAGAAAUUGCAGAAAUGCUAAAAGAUGUCAUAGCUGGUAAAUCAGGGGAAAAUUUGAGGGCCAAAGUGAGAGAUAUCAGCAAGAAUUUAAAAUCUAUAAGGGAUGAAGAGAUGGAUACUGCAGCUGAAGAGCUAAUUCAACUUUGUAAGAAUAGUCCUAAGUUGAAAUAAUGUCAUAUGUUGUAAGUCAAUUAACAAAUUAUAUUGUCUGUGAGGUGUUUCUAGUUGAUCUUCAAAAUAUAUUAAGGUUGAAAUAAUGAGAGAAAAUAGAAUGCAAUCUAAAUUUAUCCUACUAUUCACAUUCUCAAGUAUGAUUUUUUUUAGCUUUCGA